UAAAGUCUGAAUGGCGUAUUGAGAGGUCAUUGUGAAAGAACACGUUAUUCAGUGCGCAUGCGUUACCUUCAUACUUGAAUAAAACCGAACUUUGGGAUCAAAAUUACGUGGAAUAGCCAGUCAAAUGACAUCAUUCACCAUAAGAACGUUCUUUCCAAUUGGUAUAGCAAACAUUCAAAACUCCAAAGGCUACUCAUGCUUGAAAUGUAUAUUAAAACAUCUCAAGCUUUAUAAGUGCAUCAACGGUAAUUCUACUUCAUCAUUGGUCAGUUCACUAAGAAGUCACGUGAUAAAGAGCGAGGGAAAUCAGAGCGCUCAGUCCGUGUGUUUGGUUUGCAAAAAAAAAAUUCUGUCAAAAAAUGGCUGGAACUGAAAAAAUACUAAUAUCGCUCUCUCAGAAGAGGAAGACGAAUCUUCAAUGAAUGUGAACAAUGAAAUACUCUCUGGUAUUUCUCUGCUGAAUGCAAAUAAGAUUGAUGUAUGCGAAUCGCUUUCUACGGCAGAACCUGUCAGAAAAAGACAACUAGCAGUAGACGAUGAUGAAUUGACUAGUCAAAAAUGUGGUCAAGAAGCAGAUGCCGAUGAACUGCUGUACCAGCUGACGAAUAAACGAUGAAAAGUUGUUAAUAACGACAACAACGAAGGGAACGUCUCUGAACAUAUCGAUCAACCCGAAGACUCUCUGCAAGAGGAAAUUGCACAGGCUAUCAUGAACGACGAUGAAAAAGCUGCUGCAGAAUUCUCAGAACAAUUGGUCAAAUUUAUAAAUUCUCGUUGAUUGACUAAGCUGGAAUUUUGCGAGAAACUUGAUUCUUCACUUACGUCCGGUUAACUGCGAACGAUUCAUCACCACCAAAGUGAACCCAGAAAUCCGGGUAUUUAUUUAUUACUGAACACUUAAACCGUUUUUUAGUACUGUUCGAUUUACACUACAAGCUGCAGUUAAUGAAAGAUGUACAACGUUGAAACUUAAGUACAUUAACGUAACUCUAUAUUGCGAAAUGCGUAACUUCCGAAAUGUUUAACAGUCCGACAGAAAAUCUCGUGUCGAAUAUCUGUAAUAUUCAAACACAUGACAUUAAAAUCCGUAGUUUUGAGGUGCUUGCAUCAACUAUGGCCAUUUAAAUUUCCGACCACCAUCCAAAAUUUUCCGACAGACACAUAUCCAAGCGUGGCCUCCCAACCCCACCUUUAGUUACGAUACUCUUGACUGGUCAGAAAAGUGAGGGAGGACAAAGCCACUGGUCUGAUUGUUGUUCCAUUUUGACCCACAAAAAUUUUGUGGCCCUCCUUAUUGAACAUGCUUAUGCAAUAUCCAGUGCUUUUACCAAAGGCAACAGAACACAUUGAUUCUGCACAGCGAUCCACAAGCAAGACACCCAUUGAUUAACAAACUGGAUUUAUUAUGUUGCCACUUGUCAGGAGUCACCUCCUCAACCGAUUAAUUUCUGAAGGGGCUACAGGGAUUAUCUUAGCGUCAUGGCGCCACGGCACACAAAAACAAUAUCGCACAUACUUACAACGAUUGGAAAAGUUCUGCUGUUGGAGGAAAAUAAUCCAGUUUGUGCAACUUUGGAAUGGCAUUAAAUUCCUUUUAACUGAAUGUCAACGAGGUUUAUCACACAGUGCUUUAAAUACCAUUAGAAUUCCAAUUCCUACAGUCAGUUUUCCUCAUGAUCAAUCAUUUGGCAGCCAUCCAUUAGAUUCAAGAUAUCUAAGAGGUGUUUUUUAACUCCGACCUUCUCUUCUAAAACAUCGAAUGACAUGGAAUGUUUUUGCUGUAUUAAACUAUUUAGGAACAAUGGGCCCAACAAUGCACUCACAUUAAGUGGAAUGCAACAAUUGAAUGACGAAAUUUUACGCUUGAGGUUAAUAAGAUAUUAAAGAUCUCUAAAUCUGGAAAGCAUAUUCAACCAUUAGUUUUUAAAACAUACUCAGCUGAUGAAGAAUACUUACUUAUGACAAACCUGGUGAGAGACAGUAAUGAGAAACUUCGGCUUAGUUUCAACAAACCAUACAAACCUGUAAAGAAAAACACUGUCGCACGAUGGCUUGAACUUGUUAGCUGUAAUGAGGAAUGCUGGAAUUGAUAAAACCUGUUUCAGUACACAUAGCACUCGUUUUACAUUUACAUCUGCAGCAGCAGGUACAAAUCGAUGGAUGGGCCAAUGAAACUACUUUCAGUAGAUUUUAUAAGAAACGUAUAGAACAAGAUGAACAACCUGAUUUUGAAAACGUUUGUUAUCUUCUCGGAUUAUGAAAAAGUAUAUAUCCCACAUUAUUAUUGUAUGAGCUGAUUCAUUCCUUUCAAAAAUCCGAAAAGUGAAUGCUCUAUAUCUCGCGCUUUAUCGCACGUGACUUCUUUGUUCCUGACUACUGACUCGUGGAAUUCAAAUCAAACUUCACCUUAAAGGCAUACACGUGAGCCUUGUUUAAAUUAUAAAUUAUCCGUCACGGAGUCACAGGCUAUGUGAAGAUAUGGAAUGAAUAUAUUCUGAGAAGUUUCUGGGCCAUUUGUGUCACAGGUGUGCUAAGAGUUUUUUGCAACUUUUGGGGAUCUCUAUACAUUAUGUUCAAAGCUGGAUGGAUGCACCUCUUCCCGAUUGUGUUUGUUUUUGCUCGAUCUUUCAUAGACGGAUGUGAAAUAUACUUCAUAUUACCGACAGCUUGGUAUUACAUGAAGUCAUUAGGUCAAACAGAGAGAUAUUUGGCAGUCGUUUUAAUCUCGUUCAAUGUCGCUGCUGUUGUCAUGACUCCGCUGUUUGGGCUCGUCGGUGAUCGCCUUGGUCACGUGAAACUUUUGAUCAUUACUAGUUUUAUGAUGAAGGUUUUGGGUAAUCUGUUCUAUUGCAUUAGAGAAUUUCCCGUGUUUCCACUUCUAGGGCGAGUUUUGGCCGGAAUGGGCGAUGGUUCAAACGGUCUUCUAUUCCGCUACAUUGCGUUAAACACAUCUAAAGAUAAACGAGUUAAAAUGUUUGUUCUUCUUGAUGGUGCGUAUUGCCUAGGGAGCUCAUUUGGCCCUGCUAUCGGGAGCGUCAUAACCUUUAAGGCAACUUUCAUGGGAUUGAAAAUCGAUGCAGGAAAUUCACCAGGCAUUAUUUUGUUCUGCAUCUGGUCUGUUUUCCUGGUGUGGUCCUUCUUUUUGCCUGGCAAUUUAGACGAGAAAGUGGUAUCUGACCACGUUGAUUCUUUCGCUUCGAGUGACAGUGCACAACACGACGAUACAAUCACGGAAAGUUACGUGGCACAAAAUCGAGAAGUUACCAAUAAUGAAUGGCAGCACUGCAACUCCAAGGUGAUUUGCUUGUUUUACUUGAUAUUUUGCAGCGAGUUCUUUUCCAGUACGGCUUCUUUUUCAACACCACUUCUUGCCGAAGAAGUGUUAAAACUCAAACUUAUUCAUGUAAAAUUAUACUUCCUCAAUAGCUCAUUUCUGAACUUUGUUUUCUUUACUGCAACAUACAUCGCUUCGAAUCGUUUCGAUGAAAGGAGAAUCGUCACGUUUUUUAUAACGAUUCAAAUAAUCGCCUUGUCGUUGCUGACAUCACUUGCAUUAACGUGGACCCAUUUCUCGUACAUUCAAUAUUAUAUUCUUUUGUUUUACGUAACGCUCGGCUCUCCACACAUAAUAUUUGUUCUUGGUUGCUCGUUACUGUCUAAAAUCACCGAUCCGAAGAACGCUGGGUUAUUUCAAGGUAUAUCGCUUGCGACCGUUCAUUCUUCAAUCGUCAUUAGUCGAAUAUUAGCAAGCUUUGUCUUUACACAAACUGGAAUGGUGUAUUUCAGUGUUUGUCUUGUUGUUUUGUGGCUCUUUGGUGCUGUAUGGUAUGUUUUUGCGUUUGAAAACUCAAGCAAAAAAAUGCGCAUGCCACGUUGAUCCUUUAAGAUUCUUAAUUACCAAAUCGAUGGAGGACCUGGUUUUCUAUGCACAUUCGUAACUGUUUUGCAAGGAAAUGUGAACUAAAUGAAAUUUGAAAACCUCUCUUGGUUUUCCCGGAAACAAUUCGUCACUCCUUCAAAAGACAUUUUUAUUUGGAAAAUGUUUGACAUUUUUAACAUUAGAGCACUUUUUUAGUUAGUCGAUGCAACCCAUGUCAAAUUACAGACCCAUGAAUGAUAGACAACUCAUGGUUUGGACACAAGAGUUUUAAGCGCACAACGACUGAAUUUAAGACAUGGACUUUUGUAGCUGAUGAUGCAAAGUCGUUUAUGAUGAAUAUAUGGACGACGUGAGGAACUCAAAGUUUCAACAUUAGAUCAUUUUUCAUGAAUGAAAAGCACAAAACGGAAUUAUGUUUGACAAUUAUUUUUCGUCACUGCAAUCUGUUGAUAAAGAAUAAAAUAGCAUUAAUUAUGUUCUGACAAAUCAUUAAAAGAAUGAGUAAUCACAAAAA